GGGAAUUCGGCUCCAGGUUUAAAAAGGACAGGGAAUUUGUCUUUGGGAAUCUCGAACAUGGCACGCCAAUUUUGCUGUCUCUGUCUCGAUAUUUAAGAAGUGUAGCAAGAGAUUCACUCGAUCAUCCUUCCUGCUCAGUCUGUGGGGAGGGAUUCACUCGAUCAUCUUUCCUGCUCAGUCUGUGGGGAGGGAUUCACUCGAUCAUCUUUCCUGCUCAGUCUGUGGGGAGAGAUUCACUCGAUCGUCUUUCCUGCUCAGUCUGUGGGGAGGGAUUCACUCGAUCAUCCUUCCUGCUCAGAUGUGAGGAGGGAUUCACUCGAUCAUCUGACCGACUGACAUGCCCGUCAUUUUACACAGGGAGGAGCCCAUUCAUCUGCUCAGACAGUGGGAAUGGAUUCAGUCGGUCAUCUCAACUGAAGGCACAUCAGCAAGUUCAAACUGGGACAAGAACAUUCACCUGUUCUGUGGGUGAGAAGGGAUUCAGUCGGUCUUCCCACCUGUGGACACACCAGUCAGUUCACACUGGGCAGAGGCUGGUCACCUGCUGAAUUUGUGGGGAAGGAUUCACUUGGUCAUCUGACCUAAUGGCUCACCAGUCAGUUCACACCGGGGAGUGGACGUUUUCUUGCUCGGACUGUGGGAAGAGAUUCACUUGCUCAUCUAAACUGAAGGUACAUCAGAGAGUUCACACUGGAGAGAGGCCAUUCACCUGCUCAGAAUGUGGGAAAGGAUGCACUCAGUCAUCUGAUCUGCUGGUACACCAGCGAGUUCAUACUGGGGAGAGGCCAUUCACCUGCUCAGACUGUGGGAAGGGAUUCAAUCAGUCAUCUCACCUACUGACACACCAGUCAGUUCACACUGGAGAGAGGCCAUUCACCUGCUCAGAAUGUGGGAAAGGCUGCACUCAGUCAUCUGAUCUGCUUGUACACCAGCGAGUUCACACUGGGGAGAGGCCAUUCACCUGCUCAGACUGUGGGAAAAGAUUCAGUCAUUCAUCCAACCUAAUGGCGCACCAGCGAGUUCACACUGGGGAGAGGCUGUUUACCUGCUCAGUCUGUGGGAUGAGAUUCACUCGGUCAUCCAACCUAAUGGUGCACCAGCAAGUUCACACUGGAGACAGGCCGUUCACCUGCUCAGACUGUGGAAAGGGAUUCACUCGGGCAUCUCACCUACUGACACACCAGCGAGUUCACACUGGGGAGAGGCCAUUCACUUGCUCAGACUGUGGGAAGGCAUUCACACAUUCAUCCAACCUACAGAGACACCAGCGAGUUCACACUGGAGAGAGGCCGUUCACCUGCUCAGACUGUGGGAAGGGAUUCACUCGGGCAUCUCACCUACUGAGACACCGGUCAGUUCACACUGGGGAGAGGCCGUUCACCUGCUGAGACUUUGGGAAGAGAUUCUCUCAGUCACCUCAACUGUAUGUGCAUCACUCAGUUCACACUGGGGAGAGGCCGGUCAAAUGCUGUGAAUGUGGGAAGAGAUUCACUUAGUAAUCUAACCUUGUGACAUAAUUUCGAGAGUGACUGUCGGUGCUGAACUCUGCAAUUAUUACUGCUGCUCACCACACCCAGUUCUGCACCCUGGUCACUGGGCAUGGGAGGAGUUUCUUCUGCUGCAUAUUCACCUUUAAUGGGACUGGAGUUUAAUAUUCUGUGUAGUGUUCUCAGUAAUAUUAGUUGGACUGUUAACUGUUAAUUGCUAAUUACAAAAUGGCUUCUCUGAAGUGUUAUACUAAAAGGGCUUCCCGUACUGUUUACUGCUGAGUAAGGGGUUCUCUGUAACAGCAUGUUUGGGUUAUAAUUAGUGAUAAUGGGAAUUGUAUUCAUUUGCCAGCCAAUGGAAGUCAUGCUGUGCUAUCUUGCAUGUGUGUGCUGAGCUGAGGAUCGGGGGCUUUUUCAGGUGGCAAGUGGAGAGGACGGAUGUGUGGGGAGCGGACAGCGGUUCCAGGGCGGCAGAUACCAGACCUCGGGGGUUCAGAUGGUGGCCGGAGUCUUGGAAGGACAUUGUGAAUGGAAUUGGAGGCGUGAGCUCCAACGUAUUAAAAUAUUAGGUGCACAAGACUGAUAAGUUACUUAUGUGGCACCUUUUCUUUUAGUUGUUUCUACUAACCCAUCAUUACGAAUUGCUAUAAAGUAUGUUCUGGUGGGAUGAAAGACGUUACAUUGUGGGGGCUCGUCCAGGAUUUGAAUUCUGUCAGAUACAGAGUAAGUUACCGGGUUUAAACUAGGGGAGAUGGACUCGGAUAAGAUUGAACUUUGGUGUGAGAUCGAUGAUGUCCCAGUUAAUCAUGCCUGUGUACUAAGGGGGUGGACAUACGUACUCCGGACGAUGUGUUAAUUCGAUGUUUGACUGUGGUCAGAGCUAUCGGUAAGGUUGAGAUUGUAAGCAGAAAUAUUGGUAAAAUGUGGGACUCAGCCUUUGUGCUGGUACAGACGGGUGCUGACGUCAAGGAAUUGGGACUGCAGCCGUGUGUCAGUGACGUAGGUGAGGCGGGUCUAUGGGGCGUGCACACUGUCAUGGAGGAAGUGUUUGAAGGGACACCAAUAGCGUUGCCCGCGGCUUGGGGCGCAGAUUUUAGAGAGCGGGUCAGUCGUUUUUGAAGGAUGAAAGAAGGGAGUGGUCAAAUUUUGAGAAUGUAAUUGAUUCUCAUUCCCCACGGAAGGGGGAAGGCUCUGAGUUGGCUUCAGCCAUUACCUCCCUGGUGAACAGGGCGGUGGGUCCGCGUCAGAAGUUAAGAAUUUUCUUAGGGAGGACUCCCAUUCCCGAAGGGAAAGAUGAUGAUGAAACCUGGGCAGAACAUACCUCUCAGCUGUUGGGUGAGUGGCAGUGUUCUGAGGAGGAGAAGCGGCAAAGAUUGGGAGAAAGUUUGAGAGGGGCGGCAGCUGAGGUGGUAAAAGGCGUGGAAGUUAACCAGCCCUUGGCUUCCUGGAAGGAGUAUCUGGAAGCAUUCGUCGUCUGAACCCUCAGUGCCUAGGUGGCACAUGGGGCCUCCACAAGGGUCUAGAAGCAUUAGAGGAGGCUUUUGGGCUAACUGGGGGCAUGGUGGAGCUUUUAGGGGGAAUUCAGAAUUUGUGUCAGGAGAAAGGGGAAAAGCUUUCUGAGUAUCUUUUCCGGCUGGAGCGAAGGCUAAAUUGCUUGAGAUGCCGGGGAUCAUUUCAGGGAAUGAGGUGGAUCGGAUAAGGAUCGACCAGGUAGCCAGAGGCACGCAGAGACAUGAUGCGGUCGCUACGAGCCUCCGGCAGCCCCGUAGAACGCGUCCGUCACCCCUGUCUUUUGUUCGGUUGCUCAGAGAGGUAAGGGAGGAGGAGGACACAUUGGAAGUGGAAGAGGGCCUCGUUAGUACGGUGCUGUCCUUGGUAGCAGCUCCUUGUGGUGAAAUGACCUGGGCCAGAUCCACGCGGGAUAUAGCAAAAGAGGUCGCGGCAGGCGGAGUCUCUCCGCGUGGGGGGACUAGUGGAAAAGGCCCCUCCCUGAAGGGACGGACAGCACUGAGGCCAGGCAGAGGCUGGGGUCUCGCGAGACGAGGCGUGUGCCAUAACUGUGGGGAAGAGGGGAACUUCAGGUGGGAAUGUGGACGGCAGGGAGCCCCUUGGAGGGAGAGCCCCCGGGUGUCCCAGCCGGAGAGGAGGGGGGUGUUUGGAAACUUAGAAGAGACUCAGCGAGAGUACGGACUGGAGUCUUCAGGAAAAAUAUGUUCCCAACAAUGUGCCACGGGGCCCCCGAGAGGAAAAGACCCUAUCCCAGAAGUAUUGGUGGGACCCCGAGAGAGGGGACAGAUGCAAAAGCCAUACUGGACACGGGGUCGCAGGUCACAUUACUGUACCAGUCAUUGUACGAUCAGUAUCUGGCGCAUUUACCCCUGACACCUUUCAGUGCACUGGAAAUUUGGGGUAUCAGUAAUGGUGAUUACCCAUACAAUAGCUAUUUGUCCGUGAAACUGGAGUUCCUGGAAGCUGAGGUGGGGGUGUCUGAGGCUCAUGAGGCCCUGGUACUGGUUUACCCUGACACCAGUGAGACUGGGAGUGUGUCCAUUCUGGUGGGGACCAACACCCCUAUUGUGCAGAGACUCUUCGGAGCCUGUAAGGAAAAGCCGAGAAAGACAUUGGAGACCCUGUCAGUGCACCCAGUGUUCUGAGAUGCUUUUGAGGAAACGUUGCGUCGCCCGGGGCUGGACGCGGCGUGUGAACGAGUCACUGUGUGGUGUGCCCAGUCGAAGCCCAGGGUGGUAUGGCCCGGUGAAGUAGCAAGGUGACGGGGAUCCCUAGAUUCCCGGGAGUGCCUGAGGGUGAAGCCCUUUUAGUGGACACCUCGUAAGACCUUGAGGGGGUGUCAAGAUUCCCUGCUGGGGUG